AUGAUCAAUCCACAACAACAUCAACCUCAAGCACCAGAAGCUAUCAUACCAGAGAUUUAUGAUAGUGAUUAUAUAAAUUUAAAUUUAAGAUCAAAGAAUAAUUGUCGAAUUUUAAUAUCAUCAUUGGGUGGAUGUGUAGCAGGGUUAUUAGGAUUGACCAAUUUAUGGGGUUUUGUUUUCUUUGUAUUUGUUCAUUUUCUAUUUUGCGCACUCUAUAGUAUUUCACAUAAAUCUUUAAUUAAUUAUUUUGUUAAUCCAAAAACAAUGUGGUAUGAAAUUACCUCUGGUAUGAUGUCUUUUGUAUUAUUUUGGACAUUCUUUUCAAAUAUAUUAUAG